AUGAACGAUGGACUGUUUGAGCUAGACAUGGAAAUGAACACCAGUCUAGGUGAGGAGGAGAAAGAGCCUAUUCUUGAGACAGAAGAAGAUAUCUAUGACCGAUACGUCCCCACAGAUGAGAGAAUUGUAAAGGAAUACAUGAAUCGAUUGGAGACAAGUGAGGAAAAGGAGCAACAUAUUGAGGUUGUUGGAGACAAUAUUAGAUUUUUGAAUACUAUCGAAGGGAUAUAUACCCCACCAGAGAACUUUGCGAGAGUAUGUGAGGGGGUGUAUCGGUCAUCCUUCCCACGUAUUGAGAACUUUCCCUACUUAAAGACACUAAAUUUGAAGUCCAUAGUAUGUCUAAUACCUGAAGAGUAUCCUGUGGAAAACACCAGAUUUAAUGAAAUAAAUGGUAUCAAGAUGUACCAGAUUGGACUGAGUGGGAAUAAGGAGCCGUUUGUCAAGAUAAAGCCAGAAUUAGUGACAGAGGCCAUCAAGAUAUUAAUCGAUCCAAGCAACCAGCCAGUUUUGAUCCACUGUAACAGGGGUAAACAUAGAACCGGAUGUAUUGUUGGGUGUGUACGAAAGUUGCAGAAAUGGUCGUACUCGAUGAUUUUCGACGAAUAUAGACGGUUUGCGUAUCCAAAGGAGAGGCCGUUGGACCAGCAGUUUAUCGAAAUGUACAAUGACAAUGAGAUACAGGAGUAUAUUAAAGAGAAGGGGCUCAGUAUAGAGUGGUAG